GUAAAAUGAACUUUAACCUUCUUGGUUCAGCCUCGCAGUGAUUUUUCAACAAGCAUGGCGGCUAUAGGAGUACAUUUCGGAUACACAUGUGCCUGUGUAGCUAUUUUUAAGGAUGGCCGAGCGGAGGUGGUCGCCAAUGACGCCGGGGACCGAGUCACUCCCGCCGUGGUGGCUUACCGAGACACCGAACAGAUAGUAGGGAUUGCAGCUAAGCAGGGUCGUGUCCGAAACGCAGCCAACACUGUGGUUAAAGUCAAACAGGUGCUGGGGAGGAGGUGAGUACUACCCAACACUGCGUUGUCAGACUACCCAGCCCUGCGUCGCAUACUACCCAACACUGCGUCGUCAGACUACCCAGCACUGCGUCAAUGCCCAGCACUGCGUCGUCAGACUGCCCAGCCCUGCGUUGUCAGACGGCCAGCCGCGGUCGCCAGACGGCCCAACACUGCGUCCCAGACUACCCAACACUGCGUCGCCAGACUACCCAACGCUGCGUACGCCAGACUACCCACGGCUGCGUCGCCAGACUACCCCGCGCGCGUCGCCAGACUACCCCUGCGUCGCCAGACUACCGGCGCUGCGUCGCCAGACUACCCGGCGCUGCGUCGCCAGACUACCCGCAGCUGCGUCGCCAGACUACCCGGCGCUGCGUCGCCAGACUACCCGGCGCUGCGUCGCCAGAACUACCCGGCGCGCGUCGCAGACCUAACCCGGCGCUGCGUCGCCAGACUACCCGGCGCUGCGUCGCCAGACUACCCGGCGCUGCGUCGCCCAGACUACCCGGCGCUGCGUCGCCAGACUACCCCGGCGCUGCGUCGCCGAACUACCCGGCGCUGCGUCGCCAGCUACCCGCGCUGCUCGCCAGAUCGCGCGCUACGACAGUACCCGGCGCUGCGUCCGCGCAGACUACCCGGCGCUGCGUCGCCAGGACUUACCGCAGCUGCGUCGCCAUCAGCUGUCCAGCGGGUAGGGUGUAGUACCAGAGUCCACUUGGGACAGGGCCCCCCUCUCAUCUGUUGUUGUUUCCAUAGAGACGGCUCAGUCGCCUUGGGCGCUGACGUCACAGAGGCUGUCAUCAGUCCCUUUGAGUUCGCACAUGCUCAGAAGGCGGCGUUGAGCGCUGCGGAGGCAGCAGGGUUCCGUGUGUUGAGGCUGAUCCACGAGCCGGCUGCUGCUCUACUGGCGUACGGCAUCGGACAGGACUGCCCUCUGGGAAGAGCCAUGUCCUGUGUGUAUAAACUAGGUGGGACGUCUCUGAGCGUGACGGUGCUGCAGGUGAAUGGUGGAAUGUUCCGGGUUCUGAACACCCAUACAGACCAGAUCGGAGGAGAGAGCUUCACAGGCGCCCUGGCCCAGCACCUGGCUGCAGAGUUCAAACGGUCGUUUAAACAGGAUGUUAGUAGUAACGCGCGGGCCAUGAUGAAGCUGAUGAACGGAGCGGACAUGGCCAAACAUUCUCUCUCCACGCUGGGUUCUGCUAAUUGCUUCGUUGACUCGCUACACGACGGCAGGGACUUCGACUGCAACAUCUCCAGGGCCCGUUUUGAGCUGCUGUGUUCUGCCCUGUUCAACAAGAGUGUCCAACCAAUCAGAAGCCUGCUGGAGACGACUGGGCUGUCUACUAGCGACAUCAACAAGGUGACCCUGACCUACUUGACCCUGACCUACCUGACCCUGACCACCCUGACCCUGACCUACCUGACCCUGACCUACCUGACCCUGACCUACCUGACCCUGACCUACCUGACCCUGACCUAA